AUGGCUGUGGGGUGGCUGAGCCCCCCCCUCAUGCGUGCUGGGUGGGCACCCUGACCCCUUUCCCGCAGGAACUGGUGUGCCUACGUGGUGACGCGCAGCGUGAGUUGCGUGGUGGAGGACGGCGUCGAGAGCUUUGUGAAGGCGGAUUACCAACCCUGCGGCUGGGGGCAGCUCCAGUGCCCCCGCGUCCUGGCGUACCGCAGCUUCCUGCGGCCCCGAUACAAGGUGUCCCAGAGGACGGUGUCGGAGCUGGCCUGGCGCUGCUGCCAGGGCUACUCAGGCGAGGACUGCACCGAGGGGCCAGCAUCGGCACCCACCCUGCCCACCGGCCGCCCCCGGCCCCGGCCCGGCCGCACAGGCGGGGAUGCGGAGAAGGUGCGGCAGCUGGAGGAGCAGGUGCGGCGGCUGAGCGAGCAGGUGGAGGAGCUGCGGGUGCGGGAGGCGCUGAGCCACGUCCAGCGGCGGCUGGGGGGGGCGGGGAGGGGCCCGCGCCACCAGGAGAGCGGCCGGGAGGGCCCGGUGACCACGGCGGGGGGCCCGGGGGUGGCCACGGCACUGCGCGAGCUGGAGCAACGGCUGCAGGAGACCUGUGCCGCCUGCACGGCCGGCACCGAGGGGCUGCGGCGGCAGGCGGCGGAGGACCGGGAGCGCAUGCGGGCGCUGGAGAAGCUGGUGGGCUCGGUGGACCAGCGCAACCGGGAGGCGGUAGAGACGGUGCAGCGGCACAUCAGUAGCCUGAGCAGCCGCCUGGCUCCCGGUGCCAUCCCACCGCCCGCGACAGACGACCUGCACCGGCGCCUGGCCGAGCUGGAGCGGCGCCUGGAGGGGCUGCCCACGGCGGUGGCGGGGCCGGGCGGGCAGGGACCGGUGCUGGCCCGGCGGCUGACAGAGCUGGAAGGGCGACUGAACGCCUCGCAGGCUGGCCCCUGGUCCCCUGAGCCAGAGGGUCAGCUGAGCGGGCUGCCGGGACGCCUGGCCAACCUGAGCCGGGCUGUGGAGGGGCUGGCGGUGAGCGGGGCUCAGCGUGGCGCCCGCCUGACCGAGCUGGAGGGGCUGCUGGCCCGUUGCGGCCAGCCCUGCCCAGCACCCCCAGAGCUGACAGCGGGCAGCCGGGACGUGCAGGAUGACAGGCAGCUUGGCCCCCUCCUCCGGCAGCUGGAGCAGCGGCUGCAGGACACUGAGGGGCAGCUCCGGCCCUGCACCCCGCUGCCGCCCCAGGAGCUGGAGCGGCUGCGGGCCGAGGUGGACGCCUGCACCGCCAUCUGCCGCCCGCCCCAGCCUGGCCCCACCUUGACGGAGCCGGAGCCGGAGCUGGAGCCGGAGCCACCGCUGGAGGGGUUCGGCGUCUUCGGGGGCACCUCACCCUCGGAGCUGCGGGGGCUGCGGGGCGAGCUGGCGGCGGCACUGCUCUCCCUUGGUGGGCUGAACGUCACGGUGCAGGGGCUGCAGGAUGCCCUGGACCAGCAGGACGCCCGGCAGCGUGAGCUGGGCACCAUCACCGACCGCAUCGUGGCCGAGCUGGACCAGGCAGCGGCGGCGGCGGCGGCGCGGCAGGCCGAGAGCGAGGAGCGACUGGAGGGGCUGGCGCGGGAGCUGGCGAGGACCGGGGGCUGCCCGGCCGGCCUGGAGCCGCGGCUGGCCAAGCUGGAGGGUGUCUGCGAGCAGCUGGAGGCCGUGGCGGGCGGGCUGCGGGGCGUCCGCGAGGGUCUGGGCCGGCACGUGGCGGGUCUGUGGGACGCGGUGCGGGAGCUGAACGGCACGACCCGCACCCAGGCCGCGCUGCUGGAGAAGGCGAUGCAGGCCCAGCUCCCACGCCGGCUCGGCGCCCUCAACGCCAGCCUGCAGCACCUGCGCGGGGAGCUGCUCCGCCUGACACAGAGGGACCUUGCCGCAGCCCCCACACAAACCCCGCCCCAAGCCCCCAUUUCACCUCCUUGA